UUCAUAAAAAACCUUCCUUGGUCGAUUCUCUUUCGUCGAAUCUGUCAGUUGCGAGCCUCGAACGGAUCAUCUACCACCUCUUUGUCCAAAUCUCGCAGACACCCACGUCGGUUCUUCACAAAUAAUCCAAACUCAUUCGCGAAUCACCGCCGGAAUUCCGUUUCUUCGUUCACUUGGACAACGGAUCGAGAGGUCUCAUACAUCUUACGGGAUUGUGGAGAUGAGCAUGAACGCAAAUCUCAUGGUUCGUUGUGGAUUGCUACCAUGCACCGUAUUGGUACGUCAAUAGAGCUGCGGCGAGGGGUUGCGAGGUUUGGGAGAUGACGAGCCAGGUGGUGAAAGUUCGGAGAGAUACGCUUGCGGCGUGCAUGACAUGCCCCCUCUGCAAUAAGCUAUUGAGGGAAGCUACGACUAUAUCUGAAUGCCUUCAUACGUUUUGCAGGAAGUGCAUAUAUGAGAAGCUUACAGAUGAGGAGGUAGAUUGCUGUCCAAUAUGCAAUAUUGAUCUGGGUUGUGUUCCAGUGGAGAAGCUCAGGCCGGACCACAAUCUUCAAGAUGUGAGGGCCAAAAUUUUUCCUUUUAAAAGGAGAAAAGUUAAGGCACCUGAUUUGCCUUCCAUUUCAUUGCCAGUUAGAAGAAAGGAGAGAUCACUUUCUUCCUUGGUGGUUAGCACCCCUCGGGUACCGGCACAGACUGGCAUGACUGGAAGAAGAACAAAAGCUGUUGCACGAAGGGCUGCUGCAUUACGAGGAUCCAGUUUUUCCAUUGAAGAUCCUAUCAAAAAGGAGGAAGAAUCUCCAGAAGAUCGUCCAGGGAGCUCAAGCUCAGCUGAGACUCUAAACAAGAUUGCUCAAAAUAAAAGACAGAGUUCAUCCACUACGGAGCCAUCUAACCACAGCAUGACUGGUAAAGAUACAGAGAAUGGUGUUGAGACAUGUAGUGUAAAAGCUGAUCUGUGGAAGCCCUUAAACUGCCUGGUUGAAGUUGCAAAUAGAACGAAGUCUUUUAAGUUCAAUUCACAUGGUUCCGUUGCCAAAUCAGAACCAGAUUCUGUCCCUGACAGUGAGGUAGCUAUGCCUAAAGCCAAGGUUAGACAGCAGGUCCACAAGUCAAAAGUGCAGGACAAAAACAGUACUACACCUGCCCCUCCAGGAUCAGGAAAGCCUAGAAAGUUGCAUGGGAUUGUCCGAAAAAGGGGAUCUGCUUCAAGGGAUCUAGGCAUGUCGGCACAAGCUGUGCUUGAUGCUGGUGGUUUGAAACGUGACAGAAGAGUUGGCCCAAUUUGGUUCUCAUUAGUGGCUUCUGAAGAUCAGGAAGGAGAUGCUUCCUUGCCACAGAUAUCUGCAUCUUACUUAAGGAUAAAGGAUGGAAAUUUGCCUGUUUCAUUUAUACAGAGGUACCUUGUGAAGAAACUCAAUCUUGCUAGUGAGGCUGAGAUUGAGAUCAUGUGCCGGGGCCAACCAGUAGACCCGACAUUGCAACUGCAUGACUUAGUAGAUCUGUGGCGAUGGACAACAUCUGCAUCACGAAGAGAAACUGCAUCUGUGGGUACAUCAGCCAAAGAUUUUGUGAUGGUUUUGGCCUAUGCUCGAAAGUCUCAGCCCCCUUGAUACCCUUUGUUGCCUCGCUAAUUCUUCGUUCCCAUAUUCAAUAAGGCUCUCUGGAUCUUGAGACUUGACUCAAUCCAGGUUAUUGGAUCAAAGAUGCUUCUUAGAAUGGGUUCUACGGUUUAUUUAUGUGUUUGUUACCAACAUGUCAUGCGUAAGUGUGUCAGAUGUGAUAUAUGUCUCCAACCUGUUCAUGUACUCUUACGCUUUCUAUUCUUUCUUCUUGUUAGGUGUCUAACAAAAUUAAUCAUUGUUAUCUUUGUUACCACAAAAGUAAUCUACAGGUAAUGGAUUAUUAUGCAUAUGCGACCAAGUUCUGAGUUCUCCCUUCA